UAUUAUUACACACGUCAAACACGCGAAUGAAUUAUACGGCCUGGUAAACGCACAACUUGAGAUUCGCUGUAACGUAACGACUGUAAGAUUAAACGAAGAAGUAGUCGAACUUGAUUGAAAAUGUGCGACAAGAGGUUAUGCGCUUGCGGGAAGAAGUCGAAACCAGCUGAGCCCGCCUUCAUGAACCCAGACGACGAAAGAGUGAAGGCUUUGGAGGAGGCAUACGGUGAAUUUUCGAAUACCGAAAGCAAUUCGUUGCUGAAGAAACACUUGACCGAACCAAUCUUCGACAAACUGAAGACACGUAUGACCAGUUUUGGUUCCACGCUGAUGGACGUGAUUCAGUCGGGCCUGAAGAAUCCUGACUCAGGUGUUGGCCUGUACGCACCUGAUCAAGAGGCCUACGACGUGUUCGCCGAUCUUUUCGAUCCGGUGAUCGAUGAAUAUCAUAAUGGUUUCAAGUCUGACAACGUUCAUCCUGCUUUAGAGUGGGGAACAGCCGAGGAGCUUGGCAAUCUUGACCCUGAAGGAGAAUUCGUGAUCUCGACGAGAAUUCGGUGCGCCAGGUCAGUCAAGGGAUAUCCUUUAAAUCCUAGAAUGACUGAACCUGACUAUCGGGACUUGGAGAACAAGGUGCAAGAGGCUUUAAGCUCAUUAGAAGGUGAAUUGAAAGGAACCUACUGUUCACUGGCCACCAUGGAUAAACAAACGCAACAACAACUGAUAGAUGAUCAUUUCCUGUUCAAGGAAGGCGAUCGAUUUUUAGAAGCAGCCAACUCCAAUAGAUUCUGGCCGACUGGCAGAGGAAUAUUUUUUAACGAGGAGAAAACUUUCCUUGUCUGGUGCAACGAGGAGGAUCACUUGCGUUUGAUAUCGAUGGAAAAGGGUGGAAAUCUGUCGUCUGUAUACGCGAGGCUUGUUAAAGCAGUUACCGAGGUCGGAAAGAAACUUGAAUUCUCGCCACAUAGAAGACUUGGCUUCCUCACCUUUUGCCCGAGCAAUCUGGGAACCACCAUCAGGGCGUCUGUUCACGCACGCUUGCCGAAAUUGAGCGAGGAUUACGCGAGAUUCGAAGAAAUCGCGAACAUGUACCAUCUUCAGAUCAGAGGCACCCGUGGCGAGCACAGCGAAAGCGAAGAAGGCAUUUACGACAUCAGCAACAAACGUCGGCUGGGCUUGACCGAACGGGAAGUGGUUUUCGAGAUGAGAAACGGCGUGCUCGAACUGAUCAAACAAGAGAAACAGCUGCAAGGGGAUACGUCGUAAUAUCGCGUGUCCGAUGGAAGUCGAUGAAGGCAACCCAGUACCAUACGUUUCCAUCGAUUUUCCCUCGAUUUUCCCUCGAUUUUCCCUCGAUUCGACACGACUGCCCCUGUAAUUCUUAUAAAUCGAAAUAUCCAAACUGUUUCGAUUAAUGUUUCCCCCUGUGCCACCAAUAUGUUUCCGUUACGAUCACCGACAGUCCGUGAGAGAGAAAGAGAAAGAGCAAGAGAAAACACGAGUGUUUCCUAGCUUGGUUAUCGACAAGUUGAAGCGGUACUCGUCUAUUUCACUGCUUGAAAACGUCUGCGGCAUUCCUCUCCGCUCUCCACUUCCCAGCGAAGAAACAUCGAUUCGUUAUUAACUUCUGAAACCGUUGUUCUGCAACUUGAUGCUCCUGCUGAUUGCAAGCCGCUGUUCAACAAUAUUGACACAAUGAAUAUUCAUACUUUAUUCUUUGUUUACUUCCAAUUUUUAUUCUGUUGCGGCGCAAUAACAAACUCAUAAAACCAAAAGUAGAUUUAUAUGCACAUCUAUUUUCUUGG